GAAGAGAUAACCGUCGGAUGAAAGGAAGCCUUUUGCAUCUGGACGGCUCAGAUUUGAUCUCUCUUCUUCCUCUCUCGUGAAACAGAGGCCACCAACAAGCACCCGACUUUUCCCAGAAACUGUCGGGUCGGGUCGGGUCAGAGUCAGGGCCGAUCUGUUUUUUUUUCAGUCUUCUUUCCCUUUUCUCUCUUUCUCCUGUCUUUUUUUUCUUUCUUUCCAGAUUCGUCUAAUCGAAUCCAUUCUCAAAUACUCCCAAAAGUAGUUAAAGCAAAGUGCUUUGUUCUUUCCCUCUUAAUCGGGUUUGAAAGAAAGGAAUUUUCUUUUCCGAGAAACGAGAUUCCACGAAAAAAUAAAAGAGAUUGUUUUGACUUAAUUGUGUUUUUGAAUUUUAGUUUUUUUGUUGUCUGAAAUCGGAUUGUGGUAAUGGAGACAGAGAGUAUGGACUGCGAAUCGUCGACGAGAAGCAUCACCAACGAUAACGGAACUUACCAUUUCUCUUCCACGAAGAAUCACGCCGGAGCUGCUGCCGUCGUUACCAAUAUAGUCGGUCCGACGACAACGGCUGCUGCCACUAGCGUCUACGAGCUUCUGGAGUGUCCUCUCUGUACCUUUUCUAUGUACCCUCCUAUCCAUCAGUGUCAUAAUGGGCACACGUUAUGCUCGACUUGUAAAGUGAGAGUGCACAACCGGUGUCCCACGUGUAGACAAGAGCUUGGAGAUAUAAGAUGUUUAGCUCUCGAGAAAGUAGCCGAGUCACUUGAGCUGCCUUGCAAGUAUUACAACCUCGGAUGCCCCGAGAUUUUUCCUUACUACAGCAAACUAAAGCACGAGUCUCUCUGUAACUUCAGACCGUACUCUUGUCCUUACGCUGGCUCCGAGUGCGGUGUCGUAGGGGACAUCCCUUUCCUUGUAUCCCAUCUCAGGGAUGAUCACAAAGUUGACAUGCACGCUGGCUCCACUUUUAACCACCGCUACGUCAAAUCUAAUCCUCGUGAAGUAGAGAACGCUACUUGGAUGCUAACUGUGUUUCAAUGCUUUGGGCAAUACUUCUGCCUCCAUUUUGAAGCGUUCCAGCUCGGGAUGGGUCCGGUGUACAUGGCGUUCCUGAGAUUCAUGGGGGACGAGGAAGAAGCAAGGAGUUAUAGCUACAGUUUAGAAGUGGGAGGGAGUGGGAGGAAACUAACGUGGGAAGGAGCACCGAGAAGCAUCAGAGAUAGCCACAGGAAAGUAAGAGACAGCAACGACGGUCUCAUCAUCCAAAGAAACAUGGCUCUCUUCUUCUCCGGCGGUGAUAGGAAAGAGCUUAAGCUUAGAGUCACUGGUAAAAUCUGGAAAGAGCAACACAGUCCAGAUUCUGGGCUCUGCAUACCAAACCUAUCUUCAUGAUAUCAUUCUUUCUUAUUUUUUCUCCUCUUUGAGAUGUUGCAUGAUGAUUUGGCUUGCACUGUUCUUCUAUGUCUGUAUGUAAAAACAUUUCUUGAAUGAAUUGUGUUUGAUGAUAGUUAUAACUUAUGUGUCA